CGUGAAUCGAACACGCAACCUUCUGAUCUGGAGUCAGACGCGCUACCAUUGCGCCACAGAUCCUUCUGCUUCUUCUCGUAGCUUCAUAUUAUAAAUAGACAAAUAUCAGUUUUCACUUAAACACCAGGACUAAUUUUUCUACCAAAUCUCUGUUCCUAAUUCUCUCAAACCCACCAUUGAUGUGCAUUUUUGAUGUAAUCCGGUUUGUUUGUACACCAACAAACGACCGGAUUUAAAAGAGAUAUGAACCGAGUAAAAAUUCCGGUUUGCCCGCUUUUCUGUUUGAAAACCCUAUCUCCCUACCAAAACCCCAAGAUUUGCAUUUCUUUUUCUCUGAUCAAAUAUUCAGUGUACUUUUUAUCUCACUGAUUCAUCUCAGAUUUCUUUAAAUCCAGAUUUCAAGUAUUGGGUCUAUUUUGUUUCUGUAGAAGGCGAUCGUUUGUUCCUUAAGCAAUGUCGCUGAUUAUACAUGCGGGGUCCCACAACAAGAAUGUUUUCAAGACAUUAAUUGCUGCAGAAUAUGUUGGUGUUGAAAUCAAAAUGGCUGAAAACUUUCAGAUGGGUGUGUCAAAUAAAACUCCUGAGUUUAUUAAAAUGAACCCUAUUGGAAAGGUUCCUGUCCUUGAGACUCCAGAUGGCCCUAUAUUUGAAAGUAAUGCAAUUGCUCGAUAUGUUGCUAGUUUGAAGCCUGAAAGCUCUCUCAUGGGGUCUUCACCGAUAGAAUAUGGUCAAAUUGAGCAAUGGAUAGACUUUUCUACAUUGGAGCUUGAUGCUAAUUUGAGAGGAUGGGCCAUGCCAAGAGUUGGAUAUUCCCCCUAUAUCAAACCUGUUGAGGAGAAUUAUAUCUCUGCUGUGAAAAGAGGUCUUGGUGCUCUAAACACGUAUCUUGCAUCACACACUUUUUUGGUUGGUGAUUCCGUGACUUUGGCUGACAUCAUCAUGAUAUGUAACUUGGCAUUCAAGUUUAAAGUGGUGUUGACAAAGAGCUUCACUUCUGAGUUUCCUCAUUUUGAGAGGUAUUUCUGGACCAUGGUUAAUCAACCAAACGUGAGAAAGAUAUUUGGAGAAAUCAAACAAGCAGAAGUUCUCCCUCCUAUUCCUUCAGCCAAGAAACCAGAGGAUAAACCAAAACCCGAGCCUAAAAAGGAAGUCAAGAAAGAAGAAGCCCCUAAACCCAAGCCUGAAGUUGCCCCAGAGGAGGAAGAGGCACCAAAGCCUAAGGCAAAGAAUCCUCUUGAUUUAUUGCCUCCGAGUCCUAUGGUUUUGGAUGACUGGAAGAGGCUUUACUCAAACACCAAAACUAACUUCCGUGAGGUUGCAAUCAAAGGUUUUUGGGACAUGUAUGAUCCAGAGGGAUACUCUCUUUGGUUUUGCAACUACAAGUACAAUGAUGAGAACACUGUCUCAUUUGUGACCAUGAAUAAGGUUGGUGGAUUCCUUCAGCGUAUGGAUCUUGCAAGGAAAUACGCGUUUGGAAAGAUGUUGAUUAUUGGAAACGAGCCUCCAUUCAAGGUCAAGGGUUUGUGGCUUUUCCGUGGGACUGAAAUCCCAAAAUUUGUGAUGGAUGAGUGUUAUGACAUGGAGCUUUAUGAGUGGACCAAGGUUGACCUUUCUGACGAGGCACAGAAGGAGCGAGUGAAUCAGAUGAUUGAAGAUUUUGAGCCUUUUGAGGGUGAAACUCUUUUGGAUGCUAAAUGCUUCAAAUGA